AUGUUUGGCUGGUUCGCCAUGCUACGCUGCUACACGAGCAAAAGCUGUGACGAAAAAUACAUAAAACGACAGAAGACACAACUGGAAUCCAUGGACCAAUGGACCGCAGCGAAAUCAGGUGGUCCGGUUGAACUGUUCAAGAGGUACCUUUGGCGAGUGGAGAACAAGCAAACCACCUACGCCAAGCAGCUCUCGAACUACGAGCAGGAGAUCAUGAUCCGACGUCUCUCAGAGCUGACGGAUGAGGAGAUCGAUGCUUUGUGCGAGGAGGUGGGGAUUGAGAACGAGGACGUGUCGACUGCAUUGCAAGGAGAUGACAAAAUCAAGGCAUUGUCCAAGAAGGAACAGAUCCUGGAGUUGUUCCGCACUACUGAGAUGAAGUCCAGCAUGGACCCGAGGGCUGGGCUUCCACUCUUCAAGUGA